GCUGGCUGUGCGCUACGCAGGCCCAGGCAUGGGACUGGGGCUAUCUUCUGCACCUGUGCGACUCCCUCUCGCACUCGGAGGCGUCGUCCAAGGAGGCUGCCCGUGCCCUGCGAAAGGAGUUCAAGUACGGCGAGGAGAAGCCGCGCAUGCGGGCCAUCAAGGUGUGGGCUGUCCUGUGCCUCAAUGCCAGCGACCGCUUCAAGCUGCAGGUGGCCCAGAAGCGCUUCCUCGAGGUGUGCGAAGAGAUGGCGACGAGCAGCAAGACGCCGCCGGCCGUCAAGGACAUGAUGUUCGACGUCUGGAGCAUGCUUGCCUACCUCUUCAAGAGCGAUGUCGAGCUGCAGUCCAUCACGAGGUCGUACAACAAGGUACGGCCUGAUGGAUGGCCCCUCGAUGGUCGCCCGCUAGACCCCGAUCAUCCCGUCUUUAACCCUGCGUCAACUUCUUUGUAUCAGCCAAACCAAGCAAGACCGUCCGACUUCCAGCGGGGUGAGCUGGCCCCAGGAGUGCAUGCGUCGCCGAUUCCGUCAUCUCAUGGGCACGAUCGCCUGAUCCGGGCACCGGAUGGCACCAUGGUGAAUGCGCCUGUUCGUGGCGUUGGCGGUGGCGGCGACGAUGGCUUCGCGGGUAACAACGACGCAAGGGAUUACGAGUGGGAGAUGGAGCAGGAGAGGGAGAGGGAGAGAGAGUGGGAGCGGGAACGGGAGCGGGAGAGGGAAGAAGCAGCGAGAAACGCGCGCGAGCAGUGCGACGACGCUCGGCGGAGCGCACAGCUCCUGGCUGAGUCCCUCGUCAACCAUGGCCUGCACAGCGAGGAGCUGGCUGUGCUUUCUGCGCGGGCUCAGGAGGCUCAAAAUGCCAUUCUCGGCCUGCUUCCGUGGGUGUCUGCUGCCGCGGAGCGGUCGAGGGACGCUCUUGUAGAGCAGCAUCGAUCUGAGGCAGCCGAGGGGAGGCAGCACGUCGCGGUGGACAAGACGCGCGACGAGCUGCUCCUCGACGACGUCCUCGAUGCUCACGAGAAGCUGUCGACGGCAAGCGGCAUGGUUGAGGAUGCGCGCAACAAGGCGAGGGAAGACGACGAGGAGCGAAGGGUGCUCGACCAGAGCAUGCGCGAGCAGAGGAUGGACCGGAGCAACCUUGUGCAGGACCCCGCCACGGGACAGUACUACUCGCUGAGCCAAGGCGAGGGCGCUCACUACUCGUCGUCGACGAAUGCGGGUGCUGCUUCUGUCCAGGGCCCGACUCCUCCCGCUCGCCGCUCGCAGCAGCAGCAGCAGCAGCAGCAGCAGCAAGCGGCACCACUCGAUGUGUCCAGAGCUUCGACGCAUGUACGCGCGCCCUCGUCGACCUCGCAUCUGAGCCACACCACAGCGCGCGAGGGCAAUAUCGAAGAUCAGGCGCUGCAGCAGUCCCGGUUGACGCGAGGACCGCGCCCGCUCCCAAGUGUUGACAAUCUCACGAGCUCGUUCGCCUCAGGUGUGCCCCUACAUCUCCAGACGAGCUCAAGCAACGGCGCCUCUGCGCCCCCAUCGAGCUUCUCCGCGCCACAUGCUUCGUCUGCCCACGGCCACGCCAACGUCGCCGGCGCGAAUGCCAGUCCAAACAAGGACGACAACGAGAGCGUCAUCUUGACGCCCAUCGAGCCGAGCGAAAAGGCUCUUGGGAAGCGAAGAGCCGUGUCCGUGGAUGAGGGUGAGUGUGCGCGUUGACACAGCAUGUGAAAUGACCCUGACAGGUACCGCUCAGAUACACUCGCCGUUCCCAAUGGGCUGGGGCAGCAGGGAGCGACGCUGGCCGCCCAGGCACAAGCGAUGCAGCUCUCCUCGAGCAACAUGUCCAGCCAGACGCAGACGGACGAGCGC